AUGCGGACCCACCUGUACUCUACCUUCGUGGACCUGAUGAAAGCCUUCGACACGGUGAAUCGUGAAGGACUGUGGAAGAUCAUGCAGAAAUUCGGCUGUCCGGAGCGAUUCACCCAGAUGGUGCGUCAGCUGCACGACGGUAUGAUGGCGCGAGUCACGGACAACGGAGCUGUCUCAGAGGCGUUCGCAGUGACCAAUGGAGUGAAGCAGGGCUGCGUACUGGCGCCUACCCUCUUCAGUCUUAUGUUCUCUGCCAUGCUAAUGGACGCCUACCGCGACGAACGUCCCGGGAUCCGCAUUGCCUACAGGACGGACGAUCACCUCCUGAAUCAACGGCGGAUGCACUUCCAAUCGCGCGUAUCCACAACCACCGUUCACGAACUCCUCUUCGCCGACGACUGCGCCCUGAACACCACCUCGGAAGAGGAGAUGCAACGGAGCAUGGACCUGUUCUCCGCCGCCUGCGAGAACUUCGGUCUGGUCAUUAACACGCAGAAGACGGUGGUGAUGCACCAACCGCCACGCCACUCAGUCACAGCCCCCAACGCGCCGCUGCAAAUCAACGUGAACGGAACCCAACUGCAAGUGGUGGAGAACUUCCCGUACCUGGGCAGUACUCUCUCCCGCAACACCAAGAUCGACGACGAAGUCGCCAACAGGAUCUCGAAAGCCAGUCAAGCCUUCGGUCGCCUCCAAAGCACAGUUUGGAAUCGCCACGGUCUUCAGCUGAGCACGAAGCUGAAGGUGUACAAGGCCGUCAUCCUGCCGACGCUACUGUUUGGAGCGGAGCCUUGGACGGUGUACGCAAAGCAGGCACGCCGUCUGAACCACUUCCACCUCAGUUGUCUUCGUCGCAUCCUGAGGCUGAAGUGGCAGGAUCGAAUCCCCGACACUGAUGUGCUGGAACGGACGGGAAUCCUCAGCAUCUACGCCAUACUGAGGCAAAUUCAGCUGCGCUGGAGCGGCCACCUGGUGCGCAUGGACGACGAGCAACUACCCAAACGACUCUUCUACGGAGACGUCGCGACGGGUUUUCGCCGUCAAGGAGGCCAGAUACGCCGUUACAAGGAUAUCCUGAAGUCCUCCCUGAAGCGCCUGAAAAUCAAUCCGACCAACUGGGAGGAGCUCGCACUCGAUCGAUCGACCUGGAGGAGGACAGUGAAGACAGGCGCUGCGAUCUACGAAGCCAACCGCAUCGCUGCCGCCAAAGCGAAGCGCUGCCUCUAG